AAGUUAUCUCUUCGAUGCGUGUCAUAUAAUUUCUCAUGCAAUUAAAUUUUUAAUAUAGUAUUUAUUUUAAAUACUUUUCAAAUAAAUUCAACAUUUGCUGCAGAAAUCGCUUGAAAAAUAAUUUCGCGAGCUUUAUUAUAAAUGUCGACAUAUGAUGAAUGAUGCUGAUCUAACCUAACAUCAUUUACGAUAUGCCAGACGCCAUUUUCAUCGCAACGGCCACGUCCUAACUUUCAGCAGGAGCCUCUUAUUCUAUAAUUUGACAGCAAUCAGUGAAGUAUUAGUAGAAUAACCAGUGGAUAAUCGUGUGAAACAAAAUGCCUCUUAGGUUAGACAUUAAGCGGAAACUGACAGCCAGAUCAGAUAGAGUGAAGAGCGUCGAUCUUCAUCCAACUGAACCAUGGAUGCUGUGUUCUUUGUAUCAAGGCAACGUUAAUAUUUGGAAUCAUGAAACACAAACCUUGGUAAAAACGUUUGAAGUAUGCGAUCUACCAGUACGGACAGCCAAGUUUGUACCACGCAAGAAUUGGGUUAUUACUGGCUCCGAUGAUAUGCAAAUCAGAGUGUUUAAUUACAAUACCUUGGAGCGCGUUCAUUCGUUUGAAGCGCAUAGUGAUUAUGUCAGAUGUAUUGCGGUGCAUCCAACACAACCAUUUAUUCUUACCAGCAGUGAUGACAUGUGGAUCAAAUUAUGGAACUGGGAGAAAUCCUGGAUCUGUCAACAAGUAUUUGAAGGCCACACACAUUAUGUUAUGCAGAUUGUGUUUAAUCCAAAAGAUAACAAUACUUUUGCCAGUGCUUCUCUGGAUAGAACUGUCAAAGUUUGGCAGCUUGGUUCACCUACGGCUAAUUUCACGCUUGAGGGCCAUGAAAAGGGUGUAAAUUGCGUGGAUUAUUACCAUGGCGGAGACAAGCCAUAUCUAAUAUCGGGAGCUGAUGAUAGAUAUGUCAAGAUAUGGGAUUAUCAAAAUAAGACUUGCGUACAGACCUUGGAGGGUCACACACAAAAUAUUUCGGCUGUGUGUUUCCAUCCGGAAUUACCGAUUGUUCUCACUGCUUCGGAAGACGGUACUGUUAGAAUAUGGCAUGCCGGAACGUACAGAUUAGAAUCGUCUCUCAACUAUGGUUUCGAGAGAGUGUGGACCAUCGCGUGCAUGCGUGGUUCGAAUAAUGUUGCCAUCGGCUACGACGAAGGUAGUGUCAUGGUGAAGGUUGGCAGAGAGGAACCGGCCGUUUCAAUGGAUUCAUUGGGUGGAAAGAUCGUAUGGGCGCGUCACAGCGAAAUCCAGCAAGUGAACUUGAAGGCAUUGGGCGAGGAAGCACAAGACGGGGAACGACUGCCAUUAGCCGUCAAAGAUAUGGGCGCCUGUGAAAUUUAUCCGCAAACCAUACAGCAUAAUCCGAACGGUCGUUUUCUGGUGGUUUGCGGUGAUGGGGAGUACAUAAUAUAUACAUCCAUGGCAUUGAGGAAUAAGGCGUUCGGACAGGCGUCAGAAUUCGUAUGGGCGGCUGACUCGAGCCAGUAUGCAGUGCGAGAAAGUAAUACAACGGUUAAAGUAUUUAAAAACUUCAAGGAGAAGAAGAGCUUCAAGCCAGAUUUCGGAGCAGAUAGCAUCUUUGGCGGAUUUUUACUUGGUGUAUCUUCUGGAUCCGGUCUCUCCUUCUUCGACUGGGAUAUGUUAAAGUUGAUCCGUCGCAUAGAUAUACAACCAACACAUGUGUAUUGGGCCGAAAAUGCCUCAUUGGUAGCAUUAGCUACAUCAGAUCAAUAUUUUAUAUUGAAAUAUCAUGCAGAUGCUAUCGCUAAUGCUGCAGAAAACGCUGAGGACAUUGAAAAUGCAUUCGAGAUGGUAGCAGAGAUGAGUGAAGUGGUAAAGACAGGUUUAUGGGUUGGCGAUUGCUUUAUUUAUACCAACAGCGUCAAUCGCAUUAAUUACUUUGUCGGUGGUGAAGUUGUCACAGUCUCUCAUCUGGACAGACCAAUGUACUUAUUGGGAUAUGUACCAAGGGACAACAGAUUAUACUUAUGCGAUAAAGAACUAUCUGUCGUCUCGUAUUCUUUAUUAUUAUCAGUACUCGAGUAUCAAACUGCGGUCAUGCGAAAAGAUUUCGAGACUGCCAACAGAGUAUUGCCGACCGUUCCAAAGGAACAUCGUACACGAGUAGCGCAUUUCUUAGAGAAACAGGGUUUCAAAGAACAAGCCUUAGCGGUAUCGACAGAUCCCGAACAUAGAUUUGAAUUGGCGCUUGCGCUUGGAAAUCUCGUGACCGCGCAUGCUCUUGCUAAAGAAGCGAAUAGCCAGCAAAAGUGGCGACAGCUAGCUUCUCUCGCUACGCAAAAGGGAAAAUUAUGUCUGGCACAAGAAUGUUUACAUCAAGCGCAAGAUUUUGGUGGCUUGUUAUUAUUAGCAACUAGCACGGGAAACGCCAACAUGAUAGAGAAACUCGGCGCGGUCGCGGAUGAAACGGGAAAAAACAAUAUCUCUUUCUUGUCGAAUUUUAUACUAGGUGACGUCGACAAAUGUCUCGAUAUUCUUAUCAAAACGGACAGAAUUCCAGAGGCAGCGUUCUUCGCUAGGACAUAUGCACCCAGUAAAAUUUCCUCCAUCAUCAAAUUGUGGAAGGAGAAGCUGUCGACAGUGAGCGAAAAGGCCGGACAGAGCUUGGCAGAUCCUGAACAGUAUGAGAAUCUUUUCCCAGGAUAUAAAGAAGCGUUAAAGGUGGAGAAGUUCUUGCGUGAAGAGAGCAAAAGAAAAAUUGCAGCUUGCGCAUUUCCUGCUGUUACGCCUAAUACCGAACGGAAGCCAUUGGAAGAAAUGUUGACCGCUGAGCAAUCGGGCACAUUCCAGUAUAAGGACGGCGCGAAUAGCAUUUCGGAAAUGCAAUCAACCGAAGCAACGAUUGACAGAUUGCAAGAUCUUUCGAUAUCUGCAAAAGACAGUUUUUUAAGUAAAAUAAUUACUUCCACCGUGCAAUCAGCAAUAUCUGAGAAAGCAACGACGAAGCCGGCGAGUAAUUUUAGGCCUCUCACAUUGGAUGAUGAUGAUCUGGACGAUGAUUUGGGGAUUGAUGAUAAUAUUGAUACCACGGGUAUUAAUCUCGACGAUGAUCCUUUCGACGAUGAAGAAGAUUAACUAUCGAGACAAGAAAUGAAUAACGUGUGCAUAUCGCACAAAUAUCUUUCAUUUUCCUCCCGUCAAUCAUUCCCCGCAAGAAGAAAGAAAACGAUUAAAUAGAAGUGAAGUAAUUUAGAAUCAAGUAUUAAAAUUAUAAAACAUUUUCUUAUGCGCAAAUAUGUUUAUAUUAUUGCAUAGAUUAAAGAGAGCGGUGCCACACAUAAUUGCCGACUACUAACGGCACGGUUAUAAAGAUUAAAUAUAUUGUUAAUAUAACAGGAAGAGUAUAAUAUG